GGAUUAAAUAUCAGCUCCCUACCACCACCACCUUUGAGUGUGUGCAUUACAAAAACUGACUAAUCUUUGAGCCUUGUAUUAAGCAAUGCUGAACAUCUCCCAGCUGGUUUGCUGUGUUGGAUUUUUUACCCAUUUGGACACUGCAGUUAUAGGCUUGAUUACUCCCUCAGUCUCCACGCCUGAGUAAAUAAAAAUAGCAUUUCGUCAGGGGCAGACGUGUAGCAACAUUUCAAACUUCAAGAAAGAACUGGCAUAAACCGUUCAGUGGAGACAAUGGAGCUCUGCAAAGAUACCUCUAUGGAAAUGAAUGAUGGAUACAGAAUUCCUGUGAUCGGAUUUGGUACCUACGCCCCUGAUACAGUUCCAAAAAGUAAGUGUGAGGAGGCUGUAAAGGUGGCUAUUGAAGUUGGCUACCGCCAUAUAGAUGGAGCCUAUUUAUAUGAGAAUGAGAAGGAGGUUGGGCGAGCCAUUCGCGAGAAGAUUGCAGAUGGAACAGUCAAAAGAGAAAACAUAUUUUACACAGGAAAGCUUUGGAGCACCUUUAACGCUCCUGAGAUGGUCUCCUCAGCCCUGGAAAAGUCACUGAAGAGCCUGCAGUUUGACUACAUUGAUCUCUAUAUUAUUCAUACACCCCUAUCUUUAAAGUCUGGAGAUGAUUUAUUCCCAGUGGAUGGAAAUGGAAAAUUGAUUUUUGAUAACGUAGACCUGUGUGCCACUUGGGAGGCCAUGGAGGCAUGUAAAGAUGCAGGCUUGGUGAAGUCCAUUGGAGUGUCCAACUUCAACCGCAGACAGCUGGAGAUGAUCCUGAACAAACCUGGACUCAAGUACAAACCUGUCUGCAACCAGGUUGAAUGUCAUCCUUACCUCAACCAAAGGAAAUUGCUGGAAUUCUGCAAAUCCAAAAAUAUUGUCCUGGUGGCUUUUAGUGCCUUGGGAUCUCACAGAGAUGAGAGAUGGGUGGAUCAAAGCUCUCCACUUCUGCUGGAGGAUCCAAUACUGAAUGCUCUGGCCAAAAAAUACAACCGAAGCCCAGCUCUAGUAGCCCUGCGCUACCAGCUGCAGCGUGGUGUGGUAGUCCUUGCCAAGAGCUUCACCAGAAAGCAUAUUGAAGACAACUUUAAGGUGUUUGACUUCCAGUUGACAGAGGAGGACAUGAAAGCCAUUGAUAGCCUGAACCAAAACCUUCGCUAUGACCCGUGUCAAGAAUUUUUGGACCAUCCUGAGUAUCCAUUUGCUGAUGACUAUUAAAGAGGAUUCAUUUGCAAUUCCUAUGUUGUUAACAAAUACUAAUAAUGCUCUAUACCUAGGGCCAAAUCUAGAGGAAAAAUACCAUUUAUAACACCGUUUCCAUCAACUUGUCUACUGUGUAAUUUAACCUAGACAGUAAGCAGCUAAAUCUCAUCCUUACAAUGACUUGUCUUCUUUCUUUUGAUAAUGCUGAGAGGGAAAAGGCAUGUUUUGUAUAUAAUCAGUUCCUGCCCCUGAUCUUUCAUAAAUAUUUUGUCUGAGCUGCUAGAACUUAAUCCCUGGGAAUGCACUGUGCCUCUUGAAAAUCUCAGCCAAACUAGUGUGUAAAAUAUAGUGACUAACCAAACAUUAGGUGGUGGUAUAGCUUUGUUCAUUCCAUGAUUUUAGGUAGACAAGUUGGGUGAGGUAUUAUCUUUUAUUGGGUCAGUUUCUGUAAGCCAAUGAGGCAAGUUUUUGAGUUACACACAGCCUACACAACCUGAAGGAGAGCUCUGUGUAAGCUUGUCUCUUUCACCAACAGAAGUUGGUCCUAUAAAAGAUAUGACCUCACACACCCCCACCUUGUCUCUCAAACAUCAGGUACUCAUUUAUAGCUCAGUCCUGGCGCACUCCCAUGGGAGUGGAGGAUGCUCAGGUUUGGUGUCAGCUAGCAUCUCAAUACUAUCACUGAGCUCAUCAGGCACAAAUUUUCACUUAACACAGUCCUGCCCUCACAACAAAUAUGUUACCGUAUCUAUCAAACUAAAUGAAGAAUGGAAGCUCUGAGCUCCAUUUGGAGACUUGUUUAGCAUAUUUCAUUUGACACCAUCAUAAUAAUAAAAAUUCUCAAUACACCCGUUCCUUUCGCUUUUCCUCCAUUUCUUUUAUAUGCUGAAAAGAAUGGCAUUGGUCACACUGGGUUUAUAGCAAUCUGCAAUUCUCAGGGAAGCAGGUGGUUGGCGCUGCUGCCCUCUGGCGGCUUCCAGGAAAGUCUGACAGGAAAGUGGACUUGAAAGAUAAGUAGUAUAGUGAGGCACAGGCACCUGUUCUCUAUAUACCAGACCUCUGACCUGUUAAGAUGAAAUUUAGG